UUUUCGAUUCGGCCGCCGCCAAACGCCGGCAACAUUCGCUCUCUGCCUGUCGCUUCACCCCGCGUUCUUUCUGAUCUUCUCUCGCGCCUGAUAUUUUAGUGAUCGUCAAUUUGCUGAGCUGUAAAGGGCGAACGCUCUCUCACAAGGACACUCUAGCACGGAAUCGCGUCGCCUGACGUUCCUGGGCCCUUCUAAGGUAUCAUUCCCGGGUGAUACCAAGUACCUACGAACGUGCUUGUUGUUGUGCUCUGUUCCCGCAGCCCACGCGUACAGAAACCAAGACGAAAGCAGACCAAAGACAAAAACGACUACUAGGUACCAAACUCCGUGUUCUACAUUGAGCUUUCCAGUUGCGAGGCAGCACCUAGGUAGUAUCCAUUUAUCUGUCCAGGGUAGCCAAGACUUUAUAAGUCUACACGCACCUUGGGUAAGCACGGUAAGGUAAGGUAUUCCUUUAGCCCAUUGGGACAGUAUGCUCAGCUCGUCAGGCCCAUCCCUCUUUCCCCAUCUCUUCCAGUCCAAUUAAAUCCCAUCCCAGUCACGUAUUUCCAGCUUAUCCUCUCUACCUCCGCUUCCUUCCCCUCCCCCGAACUUGCUUCCCCGCCCCCUUCCUUGUCGUUCUUUGUCUCGUGCAGUCCUUCUUGGUGUCUGUCCAACAGUCUGGACUCUCAUUGGGGUGUGGCACGUGUGGGACAGAAAAAAAAACACAAAAAAAAUACCCCGAGCCUCUUCUUUCCCGACCCCAGCCUCCGGUGCCCUUUUUUUUUCUCCCACCCUCUGCUCAACAUUAACCCGAGAUUCCCAAGCUUCUCCCGAAUCCGCGCGUUGGAAUCUCGCACAAACGCCUGCGACUCCAACUCAUACGCACGCCUACGCGUUCGCCUUCUAUCCGUGUGUGUGUGUGUGCGCGCCCGCCUUACCCAACCAUUCGGCUCCGUGCCUGCGUCACACUUGCUCUUCAGAUACACAUCUCUCGGCCUUGUUUUACCCUUCCGCCAGCCAUUGCUCGGAGACUGCCACACCGAGGAUGCAGCACAACGGCCACUCCCUCAGCAGCCGGUCACCGCCUGCAGCUAACAUCAAAUCGAUUCAGCACAACCGUAGCCAGAGCCAUGACCAAAAUCAGACUCAUAGCCAGGACCAGGACUCUGACGAAGGCAACCAGCUGCAAAGCGGAGACGAAAAUGAUCUUGACCAAGACGAUCAGGAUGUCACCCGCCUUGGGAAGCGCAAGAGACCCAUAUCUGUCUCAUGCGAGCUAUGCAAGCAGAGAAAGGUGAAAUGUGACCGAGGACAGCCCUCCUGCGGCUGGUGCAGCCGCAAUGGAGCCUUGUGUGAGUACAAGGAGCGCAAGAAGCCCGGCCUCCGUGCUGGCUACGGCCGCGAGCUAGAGCAGCGAUUAGACAAGCUCGAGGAGAUACUCAGAACUCACUCCGAGAUUCUCCAGGCGACUCUGACAUCCAAUCACCACCACGGCGUAGCCCCAAGCAUUCGGAAUAGCAACCCAAGUCUGCCGAGUGAUCAUGGCACACCACGAGAGACCAAUGCCUUGUUUAGGCCAUCUGAAUCCCAUCGAACGCCGCAGGCGGAAACGGCUCUCUUCCUUCAGAAACCAUCAUCUUACCCCUCAACUUCACAAUCUAUGGAGUUCGGAAUGCCGCCUCCCACCCCAUCCAUGCACGAGUUUCAAGGUCAAAUGCCCAUGACCAGCAUGGCUGCACCCCCAAGCCAUAUCACUGCCAUGUCACACCCUAGCAGUGCGGCACAGGAAUAUUACGGCACAAAUCAAACGCAAUUACACUCUCCAGAUGUUGCCAUGGCACAAAGUCAGACGUCAACGGCACCUGACCAGGAGCUACCGCCCUACGACCUGCUUUAUGCCCUCGUCGAUCUUUACUUCAAGCACAUCAACACCUGGUGUCCUAUUCUUCAUCGGAAGACGACCCUGGAUUCUUUGUUUGGCCCAUCCACACUCGAAGAGACAGAUCGUAUUCUGCUUCAUGCCAUUGUUGCCACAACACUCCGAUACUCUACUGACUCAAGACUGACCGAGGAAAGUCGGCAGCAUUACCAUUCCAUAUCGAAGCAGAGGGUCUUGCUGUAUGGCAUGGAGAAUUCCUCGGUUAAGGCCCUUCAAGCCUUAGUAAUCCUUGCUCUGGAUCUCGUCGGCAGCAGCAAUGGCCCCCCUGGUUGGAACAUUAUGGCUCUAAUCACUAGGUCGGUUGUUCAGCUUGGGCUGGCCGUUGAGAGCACUUCCUUUUCAGUCUCGCCAAAUUUUACCUCCAUUUAUACACUGAGGGCCAUGAUUUUACCAGAACCCAAGGACUUCAUCGAGGAGGAAUCUAGGCGGCGGCUCUUUUGGAUGAUUUACCUUCUCGAUCGGUAUGCUACUCUAGCCACUGCCUUCGAAUUUGCUCUGGAUGACAAGGAAGUCGACCGGACCCUACCGUGCCGAGAUGAUCUAUGGAUCAAGAAUCAAAAAGUCGAAACUCGAUGGUUCAGGACCCAGGACCAUCCUGAGGACACGAAUCCCGAAUACGAGAUCAAUAAGCCAGAGAACCUCGGUGCUUUCUCGUAUUACAUAGAGAUCUUGGCAAUACUGUCCAAGAUUCACAAAUUCUUGAAACAACCUGUCGACAUCAGUGCUCUCAGCGACGUGGAGCAAUGGCAGAUGCGAUACAAGGAGCUCGACAACAUGCUUACAUCCUGGAAGUUCGGCCUUCCUGGGGAGUAUGGCAAUAUGGCCAAGUUAUUCCAGCCCGGUAAUAAGACGCUGAACUGCGGCUGGGUGAUGCUGCAUGCAACAUACCACACGGCUGUGAUCCGACUGCAUUCAUCGGCGGCGUACCCGACAACUCGUUCGCCAAUUUUCACCCCUUCAUACAGUGCCUCGCAGCGCUGUCACGGGGCCGUCGAGAACAUUGCUGCGCUGGGCGAAUUCGUCGUCAACAACGGUCUUUUGGCAAAGCUAGGCCCUCCCUUCGCAUUUACCUUGUGGGUAGCCUCGCGUCUGUUACUCGUCCAUGGGUCUACCGUCGAGCACAAGCUCUCGCCUCAGAUUCAAUUCUUUGUCGAGACACUACGCGAAAUGGGACGCUACUGGCCUGUAGCUGCGCGAUACUGCGGUCUCUUGCAACGUGUUCUGGAUGAACAUCGCGACAGUGAGCGUCAAGGGGAUGGUGUCACGCCCAGUUCAGUCAAGAUACUAGCCGACAUGCGUCGCACAGCGUUUGACCUCGACUUCUUGAUAUCCCGUCAGCCCCGUGCCAACGGUAUGCCAAAUCACAGUCGGCUUCCCAGCGUCACACCAGCUAGAACACCAGCACCAAAUGAGCUCGAGUACCUGGACGUAUUCGACUUUUUCAACGUGCCACGUCUACCCGCUGGCAACGAGAUUCAGCAUGGCAUGAGCGGCAGUAACGGGCAGAACGGGACCACGUCGGGCAUGGAUGCCAGUAGUGAAAAUGGCGGAUCCAAUGCGCCACCAGCCCCGGGCAACGAGUUCAACAUUACGAAUUUCAUGGUUGAUGCCAACAGCGAUUGGCUCUUCAAGCAGGAGGGUGCCAAAUUUCUUUCAUGAGCGGGGUAGUAGUGCCACGACGAGGAGACAUUCGCGGAUAGCGUCCUGAGCGUGGGUGCUACCUCACCGGGUUUAUUGGGGGCAUCAUCCACGUAGGAGCUUAGCAAAAUCUCCCACGUUUGCAUUCGACUUAGCGGACUUUGGUUUGGAAAUGGCAUUUGGAGGCUUGUAUGAUCAUGAUGGACUUCGCGGAAGGAUGAGCGUGAGUGGAAAAGAAAACUAGGGCUAUCAUGGUAGUGAGGAAGAUAAGGAUGAACAAGGA